AGGGACGUGGGGGAAAAAGGCUGCGUGUCUGUUUUGCAGAUGAGUAUGUCCUCAUGGCGGUCUGAUUUUGAGAUUUUGACCAGUGUUGAGGAUCUCUCUUAUUUGAAGCAAUCUCUGAUUUGUGCACAAUCUGUGUUUCUGGAUGUUUGUCAUUCAACAUUGGACUGGAGUUGGUUAUGGAUGUUGAUGUCUCGCAUGCUCAAAUUGGAGUUAUUGUCUGAGUUUCUUGGUCGAGAGUUGCGUCAAAGGAGUGAUUAUUUCAAGAUUCAAUGCAAGGUCACUUCAUUGACCAUCCUCUGUGGAUCUCUAGUCACUGGACAUUCUGAACUAAGCAAGAUUGGCUACGGAACCUUAGACUUUGUUCUCCCUUUGGAGAUGACACGCAUGCACAUACACACUUCAAACACGCACACUCCUACUCUGAAUGACUCUGCACUCUUUCCCCACACAAGGAAUUCCUGGCAGAUGUGUGUGUGCAGUAGUUCCUGUGAUCCGUGCUAGUCUGCUGGAUUCAGGAAUUCUCUCUUGCUCACAUGCUAAUCGGACAUUCCCUGGAAGCCUACGUCUUUGAAGUCCUUUUUACCUCUAAAGAUCUCCGUAAACUGCACAACAGAACUUCGUCUUCCCGUAAACUCCCGACAGUGCCUGAGCCUAAUAUCGUCACUGCUGUAUUCUAGUACGUUCUCAUUCCCAACCACAAGAGUUAGUCACCAUCUUUCUCAGUUGUCUGACUGACAGUCUUCUCUGAGAGGACUUUGCGUGGAACUGCGGCAGGAUUUGUCUUGUUGAGCUGUGGGGUUGGUUGUAACUGCAGGGUUCACGUUCCUCUCGUUGGCUCAUGCCUGUUACCCUGCAGGUCAAAGGCUGGAAUGUCCUGAGUCAGUCCCCCAGGCCCAGAGAAGAAUACCUAGUGGCAGCCAGCGCUGAUGGGAUCUGCUGCUCCAGUAUGAGCCUUCAAGAUGCCGGCUGCGGCUAUGCUAGCACUAACGCUAACGCCAAUAUGGCGGCUAACACGGCUAGCGGCAGCAUGCGGCGGCGCCUGGAGGACCAGGAGUUCACCCUGCGCGUCUACCCGGGCGCCCUGGCCGAGGGCACCAUCUACUGCCCCGUGGGCGCCCGCAAGAGCACCACGGCUGCCGAGGCCAUCGAGCGCCUGCUGGAGCGCCUGAGCCUGGACGGCACCAAAUGCUACGUGUUAGCCGAGGUGAAGGAGUUCGGCGGGGAGGAGUGGAUACUUAACCCCAGCGACUGCCCCGUCCAGCGGAUGAUGCUGUGGCCCCGCAACGCCCUGGAGAACCGCUGCGGCCUGGGCAGUGGCGAGGACUACCGCUUCCUGCUCCGUGAGAAGAACCUGGACGGCUCCAUCCAUUAUGGGGGGAGUCUCCAGAUGUGGCUGCUUGUUACCGAGGAGCGCCGCCGCAUGGUGGAACGGGGUUUCCUGCCUCAGCCCGCAGGGGGCGAGCACCCGGCCGACCUGUGCGCUCUCCCCGAGCUGACGGAGCGCGCCCUGCUGGAGAGCCUGCGCACGCGCUUCCGCCAAGAGAGGAUCUACACCUACGUAGGCUCCAUCCUCAUCGUCAUUAACCCUUUCCAGUUCCUACCCAUCUAUAACCCCAAGUAUGUCAAGAUGUACGACAACCACGCGCUGGGCAAGCUGGAGCCGCAUAUCUACGCAGUGGCGGACGUUGCGUACCACGCCAUGCUGCAGCGGCGGAGGAACCAGUGCAUCGUCAUAUCAGGCGAGAGCGGCUCGGGGAAGACCCAGAGCACCAACUUCCUGAUUCAUCACCUGACUGCCCUCAGCCAGAAGGGAUUUGCCAGCGGGGUGGAGCAGAUCAUCCUGGGGGCAGGGCCUGUGUUAGAGGCAUUUGGGAACGCUAAGACCGCUCAUAACAACAACUCCAGCCGCUUUGGCAAGUUCAUCCAGGUCAACUACGAGGAGAGUGGUACCGUCCGGGGAGCGUACGUGGAGAAGUACCUUCUAGAGAAGUCACGUCUGGUCUACCAGGAGCACAAUGAAAGGAACUACCAUGUGUUCUACUACAUGUUGGCUGGAGCCAGUGAGGGUGAGAGGAAGGCCUUCCACCUGCUCAAACCUGAGGAGUACCACUACCUCAACCAGAUGACAAAGAAAUCCCCCAGACUCCACUGGGAGAAUUACUAUGAGAGCGAGCUGCAGGACUGCUUCACUGUGGAAGGGGAGGACCUGAAGCACGACUUUGAGCGGCUACAGUUGGCUAUGGAGAUGGUGGGGUUCCUGCCUGCCACACGCAAACAGAUCUUCUCCCUUCUGUCUGCUAUCCUCCACCUGGGCAACAUCCGCUACAAGAAGAAGACCUAUAGAGACGACUCCAUAGACAUCUGUAACCCAGAGGUGCUGCCCACCGUCUCGGAGCUGCUCGAGGUGAAGGAGGAGAUGCUGUUCGAGGCUCUGACCACGAGGAAGACUGUCACGGUGGGAGAGCGGCUGAUAGUGCCGUACAAACUGGCAGAGGCUGGCACCGUGCGGGACUCCAUGGCCAAAUCCCUGUACAGCGCCCUGUUUGACUGGAUCGUCUUCAGGACCAACCAUGCUCUGCUCAACAACAAAGACCUGGAGGAUAGUGCCAAGAUUCUUUCAAUUGGAGUGCUGGACAUCUUUGGCUUUGAAGACUAUGAGAACAACAGCUUUGAGCAGUUCUGCAUCAACUUUGCCAACGAGAGGCUCCAACACUACUUUAACCAGCACAUCUUUAAGCUAGAACAAGAUGAGUACAGGGCAGAGGGCAUCAGCUGGCACAACAUCGACUACAUCGACAACACAGGCUGCAUCAACCUUAUCAGCAAGAAGCCGACUGCGUUGCUCCAUCUGCUGGAUGAAGAGUGCAAUUUCCCCCAGGCCUCUAACCAGACCCUGCUGGACAAGUUCAAGCGGCAGCACGAGGGGAACAGCUACAUCGAGUUCCCCGCUGUCAUGGAGUCCGCCUUCAUCAUCCGCCACUACGCCGGCAAGGUCAAAUACGGGGUCAAGGACUUCAGGGAGAAGAACACGGAUCACAUGCGUCCGGACAUCGUGGCCCUGUUGAAGAGCAGUAAGAACGCCUUCAUCUGUGGCCUGAUGGGCAUCGACCCCGUGGCUACCUUCCGCUGGGCCGUGCUCAGAGCCUACUUCAGAGCCAUGGUGGCCUUCAGGGAGGCCGGGAAGAGACACACUGACAAAAAGACUGGGAAUGAUGCUGCUGUACCAUGUGUCGUCAAGAGCGUGGACAGCUUCAGCUUCCUCCACCACCCUGUGCACCAGAGGAGCCUGGAGAUCUUGCAGAGAUGCAAAGAUGAGAAAUACAGGGCUUCGCUGCCGGUUCAGAGACAGACUGACAAUAGCCUGGACCCUGUCACUGGUAUCACUAGAAAGAAUCCCCGGACCCCCUUGUCAGACCUCCAAGGCACCAACACACUGAACGAGAAAUCCGCCAGGGAUGGUUAUGGUGUGGGCUGUAACGGGCGUAGCUCCAUACAGGGUCGUCUGUCCUCCUCAGGCUCGGAAUUCGAUGACGGCAUCUUCGUCAACUCCAAUAGCAGCAAGCUCCUGGAGAGAGCACAGGGCAUCCUCAUGCGGAACAAAAACUAUAAGUCCAAGCCCAGCCUACCAAAGCACCUGCUGGACGUGAAGUCUCUGAGGUACCUGAGUAGUGUGACCCUACACGACCGCAUCACCAAGUCCCUCCUCCACCUGCACAAGAAGAAGAAACCGCCCAGCAUCAGCGCCCAGUUCCAGGCCUCCCUGAACAAGCUGAUGGAGACCCUGGGUCAGUCGGAGCCCUACUUUGUCAAGUGUGUCCGCUCCAAUGCAGAGAAGCUCCCACUGCGUUUCAACGAUGCCCUGGUGCUCAGGCAGCUGAGGUACACAGGCAUGCUGGAGACCGUCCGCAUCCGCCAAUCAGGAUACGCCAUCAAAUACACCUUCCAGGACUUUGUUUGUCACUUCCGUGUGCUCUUACCAGACAGCACUAGACCAACCAAGUCUGGCAUCCGGGAGUUCUUUCGUCAGGUUCACCUAGCACCUGCUGGGUAUCAAGUGGGCAACACAAUGGUGUUCCUGCGGGAGGCGGAGCGUCAGCGGCUGCAGGCCCUGCUCCACACGGAGGUGUUACGGCGCAUCGUCACGCUGCAACGCCGCUUCCGAGCCCGGCUGGAGAGGAAACACUUCAUCAGGAUGAGACAGGCCGCCGAUGUCAUCCAGCGGUGGUGGCGGGGCUGCCUGCUCGAACAGUUGGAGGCUGCAGUGGACCCAGCCGUCCAGGAGGAGGCAGCAGUGUGCCUGCAGGCAGCCUGGAAGGGCUACAGGGAGCGCAGGCUGUUCCUGCAGUGGCAGGACUCUGCCCUGAUAAUACAGAGGAGCUGGAGAAACAGCAGCCAGCGAAGGGCUCUGGCAGCCAAUACGGUGCAGACAGCCUGGCGGGCUUACAGAGAGAGAGCCCACUAUUGUAGGACACACAGUGCAGUGACAAUGCUACAGGCAGCGGGUAGGGGCUACCUGGCACGCCUAAGGUUCACAGAACUAAAAGAGCAUAGUCUGCAUGAAAAGCAGUUGCUCAAUGGACAAAGUAGCCCCACCACAGAAGAAAAAAAGGCAGAGAGGACCAUGGGCCUGGAUACUGACACCUCGGAGGACCAUGUCCUCGAGAUCAACUGCAAUCAUGACAUCCAAGAUGGCUCCACAGUCUGGCCUACUGAAAACUCUAUGGAGUCUAAGUCUGAGUGUUUGGUGAAAGAGGGGGAAGAAGGAGAGAGCGAGAGAAGCCAGAGUAUAGAGGAGCCCAACUGCCACAAGACACGGGCCAAGAGACAGAGCCGGCGCAUGAGGGAGCUGGAGCAGGCCCAGUUCAGCCUGGAGCUACUCAAGGUGCGGACCCACAGCACAGGAGGGACUCUGCAAGAGGAGGAGACCCCUGUACCCCCGUGUCCGGACAGCACCCCCUGUCCCCUGGACGACCACAAACACCACCAGCCCUCAUCGCCCCACCGGGGCUCCCCCGUUAGCCACGGGAGCUUUGAGCUGCUCGACACCACCAUGGAUGUGGAGGCGGGAGGGCCUGGUUACCCUGGUUGCCGUGGUAACCAGUCUACGCCGCUCCGGACUUCUUCCCAAGAGGAUUUGAAUGGACCAGGGUCUACAGAAUCCCAGCCACAGAAGGACCCGGAGGUGGUAAAUGAGAAUGAUCCAAGCCCCAGGACGGAGGAGCUACCCCCCAUGAUACCAUCUCCUAUCAAGGAGGUGAUGGCAGAGGCUCCACAAGCUACCUUCUACAUCCCCUCUGAGGACCAAAGCAGCGAGCCCAAGCAAGAGAGCCCAGGCAAGCCCGUGAAGGAGAGGCGAGAGUCCGCCUCGCAAAGGCCUGUGGUGGUGGUCAUCAGCAUGCAGAAGGAGACAACGCUGGAGGGGGAGCUGCGGUUGGCGCCAGCCCAGGAGAGUGCAGUCCAGACAGGUGUGACCACCACCGCCUCCCACCUUACACCCAUUGCCGGCCUGGAAGUAUCAGAGAAGGCCCAGCCACCCAGGACUGUUACCCAGCCUCGGAGAGACUUAGCUGGGGUAGACAGGUCUAGCUUGGUCCCCUCGUCCACCUCCACCCUUGGCCUUUGUCCUUCAGCGGUAGACAUCCAGAUAGUCCUGGAGGCCAAGGCCCCGUCCGGCGAAGUCCUACCAAGCCAGGGGGAGAGAAAGGCGGCCUGGCCAGUGCAGGACAACUGGGUCUCCACCAACAGUAUCCUGGAGAGCAGGGAAGUUGCCAGCAAAGCAGCAGCCAAGGCCCCACAGAAGAAGACCCCGACCCAGACCAUCAUUGUCAGUAUGACUGAGAAGCCCCCCACCAACACCACAUUCUCCUCCCGACGCAAGCUCCCCUUCUCCAAGUCUGAUAAGGAUCUGGUGAACCAUGAGCGGUCGUUGGCCAUGCAUAGAGAGGAGGCAUCCGCCUCUAGAGCCACUGCUGGACAGAGAACCAAACAGGUGGGCCGGCGCGGCCCUAAAAAGAAAGCCCGUAUGUCUCGGACCCGCUCCGACUUUCUGACCCGCUGUAACUCCGAGGGGGCGGGCCAGUCGGACGAUGACGAUGACGACACAUUCUACACCCCCGCCCUGUCCCGCACGCUGCCCCUCCUCCCCCCGUCCCCCCUGACCCACCCCAAGGGGGGCGCUGACCCGGCCUGUUACAGUGACUCUGAAAUGGCUUCUCACAAGGAAGAGCAUAAGAAGUUCCACAAGACUAUGUCUUCAGGGGACCUGGGCAAGGUGGCAGCACUUGGGAAAACAUCCAGUCAGGAUGGAAGCAGAGUGCGAGGGAAGAUGCGUUUCUGGGGCAAGGCCAAGCAUGCAGAGAAGAAGCUGUCCAGAGAGAAGCAGCAGACCACCAGGAAUGAGUCCACACAGGGAGACCGCGCCGACAAGACAGAUGGCACGACAUCCUCCCCCCACAGUCCCGACCUGACGGCAACCAGGGCCCGGGAUUCCAAGGAGAACAAGGACCCCUCUCCCAAAACGAGGCGGAGACGCAGCGUCAAGAUCAGCAGUGUGGCCCUAGAGCCCGCCCAGUGGCAGAACGACGCUCUGAACAUCCUCACCAGCGCCCACGACUACAGGAGCAUGAACGACUUCCUCAUGAAGAAGAUCAAUGACCUGGACUCUGAGGAUGGCAAGAAGGACACCUUGGUGGACGUCGUCUUCAAGAAGGCUCUGAAGGAGUUCCGCCUAAACAUAUUCAACUCCUACUCAACCGCUCUGGCUAUGGAUGACGGUAAGAGUAUCCGCUACAAGGACUUGUACGCCCUGUUUGAACAGAUCCUGGAGAAGAGCAUGCGUCUGGAGCAGCGGGACUGGAGCGAGUCGCCCGUAAAGGUCUGGGUCAACACCUUCAAAGUCUUCCUGGAUGAGUUCAUGACCGAGUACAAGCCCAUGGACAGCACCAUCAGCAAGGCCCCCAAACCAGAAUGCAAGAAGAGGAGGAAAAAGGAACCUGACAUUGUUGAGGAGCACAAUGGGCACAUCUUCAAGUCCACCCAGUACAGCAUCCCCACAUACUGCGAGUACUGCUCCUCUCUUAUCUGGAUGAUGGACCGGGCCUGUGUCUGCAAACUGUGUCGGUACGCCUGCCAUAGAAAGUGCUGCUCUAGGAUGACCACGAAAUGUAGCAAAAAGUAUGACCCGGAGCUGUCGUCCAGGCAGUUUGGCGUGGAGCUGUCUCGUCUGACCAGCGAGGAGAGGACAGUGCCCCUGGUGGUGGAGAAGCUCAUCAACUACAUUGAGAUGCACGGCCUCUACACCGAGGGCAUCUUCAGGAAGUCUGGCUCCACCAAUAAGAUCAAGGAGCUCCGGCUGGGGCUGGACACAGAUGUGAGCAGCAUGAACUUGGAUGACUACAACAUCCACGUCAUUGCCAGCGUGCUCAAACAGUGGCUCCGCGACCUGCCCAACCCUCUAAUGACCUUUGAACUCUACGAGGAGUUCCUCCGAGCCAUGGGCCAGCCAGACAAGCGGGAGGUGAUCCGCGGGGUGUACUCUGUGAUCGACCAGCUCAGCAGAACCCACCUGAGCACCCUGGAGCGCCUCAUCUUCCACCUGGUCAGGAUCACUCUGCAAGAGGACACCAACCGUAUGUCGGCCAACGCCCUGGCCAUAGUUUUUGCCCCCUGCAUACUCCGCUGCCCCGACACCAUCGACCCCCUGCAGAGUGUCCAGGACAUCGGGAAGACUACUGCGUGUGUGGAGCUGAUCAUCGGAGAACAGAUGAAUAAGUACAGGGCCAGACUGAAGGACAUCAACAGUCUGGAGUUUGCUGAGAACAAGGCCAAGAGCAGACUGACACACAUCAGGAGGUCCAUGAAACCUGUACUAAUCGCUGUUAGGUUUAUUGGCAUAACCCGCACAGCCACCCCGGGCAAAUGUUGUCUUCAGAGGGGUAGCAGCCACAACACGCCCUCCCCGCCCCUCAGCCCCAGAGCGCCCCUGGUGGUGGACAGGGACAGUGCUGGAGAGGAGGGGGCAGAGCCAGGGCUGACGGAACAGCAGCAGGCCGCCAUGCAACAGGAGGAGAGGGUCCUCACCGAGCAAAUCGAGAGCCUGCAGAGAGAGAAGGAGGAGUUGACGUACGAGAUGUUGAUGUUAGAGCCACGGGCGUCUGAUGAUGAGACUCUGGAGUCUGAGGCCUCGAUAGGAACAGCAGACAGCUCUGAGAACCUCAACAUGGACCAUGAGGGAGCCGCCUCCAACCCAUCUGGUACCUACCGCUCCCGGAAGUCUGAAGCCAAGAGCCGCCGCGGCCUCCGGAGACAACCCGACUCUGUGGACUCAGUCGACUCCAUCUUGUCCACCGCCUCUUCCUCCCUCUCCUCAUCCUCCUCCUACCAUCCCUCCUCCUCUAUUAUCCCUCCUUCCCCCAACUACCGCUUCCGCUCCUCCUCAUCCGGACCCCUGCUCGCCUCCUGCUCAUUGGGCCUAGGGGUCCCCGUAGUGGAGUCUGAGGGGGACCCGAGGGGCACUGUGGGGGUGAAGAGUCGCCACCGCCUCCGGCUGAGUAGGAGCUCGCCGCGCGAAGCCCCCGAGGGCCACAGGAGGGAGUCUGACUUCAGCUCGCCGCCCCAACAGCUGGUUCUGUAUGGCAGUAACGAGUUUAUGGUGUGAGGGAGAGUGGCGGAGAGACGAGACAUCCGAACCGCCUUCCGUCCCCUAUGCCUAUAGAAUGUGUAUGAGGGAGGGAGGAAGGGAGUGAAACAGGGCUGGAAUGGGCCACGUGGGCAUCCGUCUCUCACUUCUGUCCUCCCCUAGCUGUGCUCACCUCUCUCCUUCUUCCCUGUGCCAGUCUUGCCUUGGAGGACGGCUGCCGACCCACGAUGCAGUUGGGCGCCAUCCGCUUGGUGGGAGUGGGCUGAGAGUGAAGUGAAAGGCGAUGACUGGAGAGGGAGAAAGAGAGAAAGAGAUGAAUGAAUGAAUGAAAGAAAUAGGAAGCCUCGGGAACUAAGAUGGAGGAGUGGCAGGAGGCUGUAGAUGAAUAAAAAGGGUGAAAGAGAGAGUGAGGAAAAGUAUGAGGUUGGCUACCUUGACUCACCUGUCUUUUUGAACUUUGACCUCCAAACCCCUUGACCCCUGCUGGAGCCUCAGGGGCACAGGGGGGCUGGAGAGAUGAAAAGCGAGAAGCCAGUGGACAGCGCCAUCUUUUGAGUGGAGGACUAAAGUGGAUUGAGCCACUCAAUAGCAGAGUAACUGACUGAGAGGACUGUCAACCAUUUUGAUAAGAAGCACUCAGCUACUCUCGCAUCUGCUUUCAAGUUUACACGAUACAGCCCGUGGGCUGCAUGCUCCUUCAUUACACUUGUUUCCUAUGCCUGUUCAAGAGACUACUGUGAUGAUGUUAUAAACAUGUGUAAUAUGAAUUAUUAUUAUUAUGUUAUUAAAAAUAUGUAAAUAGAAGGAACUCCAGUGGUACUGGGUCAUCCAGUGUUUAUGAUAACAGUCUCUUGUCAGGAGUCUUUUGUGAAGUGUAUGGGAUUCAGGUUAUGUUUUUUUUGUCAUUUUGUUGUUUGAUUUGUUGAUUUUAAUGGGGUCGGUGCUAUCAGGGAUCUUUGGGACGUCCCUACCCUAAACCCUUAUCCUAACCCUAACUAUAACCAUAACCCUUACCUAACCCUAAACUUAACAAUUUUUGAUUUCAACUUCAAUGGGGUAGGGACUUCCCAAGGAUUCCAGGUAGCACAUACCAUUUUAACAGAGCCACUUGAUGUGUUCAGUUGCUGCCACUUCUUCUCAUGUGAAAUAAUACAUGUCGUGCAACAAGAGAUUGACAUCCGUCCAUUCAGACACUUACGAUCAUCACAGCACUGUUGCCAUAGUUGUUGAUACUGCGACUACGGUGUUCAAUGUUUAUCAGCCAUAAUGUAUUGUAAUACCUUUCCCCUCCAUCCAUUGUUUGUCUGUGUUCCCCCACAAUCCUAUGUUGAAUCUUUGUUUGUUCUGAAACAUCAGUGUAAAGAGUAACCAAAUCAGGACUUGACAUUUUUGGUCUUUUUAUUGGUGUAUUAUUGUUGUUGUUAUAGUUGCAGUUGAUGCUAUUGUCAUCUUUUUGGUGUAAUAUCAUUACUUGGGUGGCAAUGGUGAUUUCGUUAAGAUGAAAUACAUUUGUAUCACCCAUCUGUACCAAGAGGAGUGUGUGUGUGUGUGGUUGGUUAUCACUACUGCUCUGUCCAUUUGAUGUCAACACAGUCCAACCUUUAUGACAGACACACACACACACACACACACACACACACACACACACAGUUCUCUGCUAUGUAUGUCCCAUACAACCUUUGAGCCAGCCAAAUCCUUCACCUCUGAUUUUUACAUUGGUUCAAAUAUGAAUGAACCUUUCCAUCCACUUCACUACUGGGCUUGCCUGAACAGUAGCAUUUACUCUAUGCUAAAGGUGUAUUUAAACACCUCACAGAGAAAAGGCAAUCAGUUUCAACCGUCCAGUGUAUUUAAACAGAAGAUAACAACUCUGGUACUCUAAGAUAAAUACUUCUAUACUCUGUCUCUGUCACUCUCUAUACUGUGCAAUAUCCUAUGUGUGUCCUGUAGGGGGGCCUUUUUAUCUAUCUCUUCUCACCAGUGCUUAACCUGGGGUUAAAUCAGUAUUAUAUUGUCUUGCCGUUACUGUGCUGUACGUUCCAUCCGAUGCUUUACAACAAGCACACAUCAGAAACAACACAAUCGCAGUCUUGUCAUAGGGAAGGUGUAGGACUUGAUCGCAGAAUAGUCAUCAUAAUGAAUAGGGAACUUCAUGUAGCCUAUGUGUUUGUCACAAGCUUGCCUCUUCUUCAGUGUGCAUUGUUCCAUCCAGAUUCUCCACUGUGUCCGAAACAGGUAGAGACUUCACUUGCUGCUUGUUGUCUACUAUUAGGGUGAAGCGGCUGAACCAUGGUGGUGUUUUAGGGAGCAGGCACCUCGACCAGUCACAACCAAACCUGGGUUGUAAGCAUUAAGCACCGAAUGGAAGAAAACUGACUGAAACAGGAAGGGACUACCCGAACUGACUACCAAUAAGAACCGCUUGUUUUCGUUUUACUUAGCAAAGCUUUUUGCUAUGGUGUGCCCUAAUGAAUACGACCCUGGUUAUCAGAAAGAGCACUCAGAAGUUCAGUUUGAGAGGGGAGCACUGGGGGUUGUUGAGGGGCGUGGGAGAAAAUAAUAUCCGUUCAUACUGGUCAAAAACCCACUAUCUAAUCACGGUAUUUGUACACCCUAAGGCUGGCAUUGGCUAUGGCGUCCUGCUAAAGUGAAUGUACCUAUCACUGGAAGGCAAUGCUCUGCUUUCUCUUGUUGUUUUGUUGUUAUUUUUAUAUACAGUAUGUAUAUUGUAUUUAUGAUCAUGCUUAUGAGUGUACAUUGAAAAAAAAAAAGCCUGUUAUAAAAAGGAUAUAUUAUCCUGUGUAUGACUCCUUAUAUAAUAUUAAUCAUGUUUAAUGUUUUUUACAGGCUCAAAAAAAGUCUGUCAUGUUUGUGCUACAGCAAAAAUCCAACUUGAGCAAUUGUAUCUCCUUUUUGUGUGCGCUAAUCUGGACACAGUUGUAUGUAUAAGGUGCAAUUUGUGUAAUAUUUCUUUUUUUUAAAUUAUACAAAUAUAUGUCUAUGGUAAAAAAGAAAAAAAAUAUGGGAAAAAAAUAAUGUGCUUAUUAAAAAAGUUAAACUGGAGCAAAACUGGUGUGAAUUGUGUGAUUAAAUUAUGUUGUCCUACAAAAUGAGUAAGUCACAUUUUCCAAGUAAGUCAGUUAUUAAAAUUGCAGUAGUUUAUGAGUCACAAUAAAAGGAUACUUCAUUGGACGGUUCAUGGCAAACGGCAUGAUUUGAGAGACUACCGUAAAACAAGUAUAAUUAAUAGCCUGGGCGUUUAUUUGCUUCAAUCAUUGAACACAACUGGCGCUUAUUAGAGACAGGCUUAUAAUUGAGCCAGGUGUCUAUUUCCUUAAUGCACACAGCUUUUGCUCAAUAAAAUGUUGACCGCUCACAUCCAUUGACCCCCUCCCCCACCCUUAAAGCACCAGUUAGAUGUCAAUGUCAUCACUGAGCAAAACUCCUGUCACUGAAGCUGAACUUUACUACAACUAGAUAUUUAACCGUGUUUAAACUGGGCCAUGUUGAGGUGGUAGAACUGACUAAAUGAAUCAUACAGGUCUUAUAACCUAUUCCAUUCUACAGGUAAACAUGCUUGGCUCAUGUCUGUUAUUUCCAUAUAGGCUAUGUAAAUAUUUGUUUUUUAACCUGCCCAUUUAUUAAAUUGCUGAAAUUA